UUGAUAACAGAGAGGGAAUUGCUGGACAGCUGAGAAGAUCUUGCUUUGGGCAAACAUCUGCUAUCGAGUUUUCCUGCUACCUGUCAAGCUGAAGAUGUUCUGAAGCCCAAAAAGGGGCAGGGACCUCUUCAUUCUGCAGCGAUGGAUGAGGAGAGUUUGGAAGCAGCAAUCCAGACCUAUAAUGCCCAGCUGCAGCAAGUGGAGCUGGCUUUGGGAGCUGUGCCGGACCCAUCACAGGAACCUGACCUGAUCCAGCUGCAGGCCGAUUUAAAGCAGCUGAUAGAACUGACAGAAUCCAGCCUGGUUUCUGUGAAAAAGAGCAAGCUGUGUGCAACUUUGGACCCAGAGACGCUCUCCACAUCUUCGUCCAAUCCUCUCCAGCCAGACAGGCCACUGAGCACAGAUGAUGAAUAUGCCGCUUUUAAGGAAGCCAUUGCUGAUAUGGGUGGAGAGGAUGAGUCCCCAGACGCUCAAGAUGUGGAGCAAGAAGGAGAGGAGGAGGAGGAAGAGGAAGAAGAGGAGGAGGAAGCCAGUGGGAUGAAAGUGAAAGCCCCAUACUACAGUUCUUGGGGGACCCUUGAGUACCAUAAUGCCAUGAUUGUGGGGAGUGAAUCUAUGGAAGAUGGAAGCCGAGGGGUCAGAGUGCUCUAUCUCUACCCCACCCACAAAUCCUUGAAGCCAUGCCCCUUCUUUCUAGAUGACAAGUGUCGGUUUAAAGAGAAUUGCCGAUUCUCCCAUGGGCAAGUUGUAUCUGUGGAGGAGCUGCGGCCCUUUGAGGAGCCCGACCUCAGCAGCCUUGCUGUGGGCUCAGCUUGCCUAGCAAGGCAUCAGGAUGGGAUCUGGUAUGCUGCUAAAAUCACAGACAUUGACAGCGGUUACUACACGGUGAAAUUUGAUUCACUGCUCCUGAAAGAAGCGGUUGUGGAGGGAGACGGCAUUAUGCCUCCCCUCCGUGGCGAGGAGAGCUCAUCCUCAUCGGAGUCGGAAGGCGAUGAAGUGGAUGAUGCCGGAUAUGCCAAAGUUAUCGACUCCAGCACGCCUGAGAAUGGGGAAGGGCCCUCCUCUUGCAGUUCCUCCUUUGGCAGCUGGGAGGCGCAUACGCGUGGCAUUGGCUCCAAACUCCUUGCUCAGAUGGGGUAUGAGUUUGGCAAAGGUUUGGGGAAGAAUUCGGAAGGCAGAGUGGAGCCGGUCUUAGCAGUUGUGCUGCCCAAAGGCAAGUCCUUGGACGAGUGUGCCGAGAUCCUCCAGAAGAAAAGGGAGGGGAAGAUUGAUCCAGCCAAGCCCAGAAAACGGCGGGCGAAAGGCAACCGAGCCGCCCGGCCCCCCCGGCAGGGCCCAAAGCCCUCCCGAAAUGUCUUUGACUUCCUGAAUGAGAAGCUUCAGGGCCAGGACAUCGGUGAGCAGGAGGCAGGCCUGGCUCCCCUAGAGAGGAGCAGCAAGGAGAUCUACCACGCCAGCAAGAGCACGAAGAAGGCUCUGAGCGUCCGCCUCUUCCAGACGGUGGAGAAAAUCGACCAAACCCAGAAGGACAUCCGCGGGAUCCAGGAAGCCCUGGCACGCAACAUCGGGAGGCACACGGUUGCCGCAGCUCAGCUGGAGGAGAAGCUUGCCGGAGCCCACAAGAGACUGAGCGAGCUGCGGGCUCAGGAGGCCAGUCUCCAGCGAGAGCAGAAGAAAGCCAACACACACAAGAAAAUGACUGAGUUCUAACCUGUCUCCUUCUCUCCUGCCCUUCGUCAGGCUGGGCCAUUUUCACUGGUCUGGAAGCAGCCAUGCUGUUCUACAAGUGUGCAAGGAGGGAGACCUUGCUAUCUCUUGAGCUGGCAGACAGGCCAGUCCUGCUCUUCCUGCGCCCUGGCUGCACAGCAGGGCUGAAAGGCAGGUUCUGAGGAUGAGGUGGGUGGCCCAGAGCCAUGGACACCUGAAUGCAAAGGUAGCCAGCGUGGGCUGUUCUAGGUGUCUCUGGGCUCGAGCUCCUAUCAUCCCUGACAGGGCCUGAUGAGUGUUGGCCACGUCACUGCCUCUCUUUUGUUAUGCAUAAUUGGCUUUCUAAAGAGAAAAGCUACAAGGUGAUGCACCUACACUGGAGCUGCAGAGAAUGUUAAUCAGGCAUGGGAGCCGCUAGCAGAUUCCUGCUCUUCUCCUGGCUGUUUCCUAGUCUCCAGCUCUCUCCCUCCCAGGAUUCCUUGGCAACUUCUUGGUGCUGGGUGAUCUCCCCAUCCAACUCUCAACAAAGCACCACAAGAAGAAGGAAGAGAUAAGGUGGUUCUCUAGCACCCGUGCAGUCCUCCUGACUUGGCGGGAGGAACUGCUGCAGUCUCGUGCGCG